AUGCAUAGCUCUGCGAUGAGCCAACUAGUGCUUCCGUGGAAGGUUGCCGUGGUUAUUGUUGAUAAAUCCAAUGUAAAACAACUAUUUCCAAGCAUUAUACAUGCUAUUAAUUCUGCUAGUUUCGUGGCAAUCGAUCUGGAAUUAAGCGGCCUCGGGAAUAGAAAGGAUCUUGGAGCGGCCUCGUUGGAUGAUCGAUAUAAAGUCCUCAGUCACGUUGCUGCGACAAGAGCUAUCAUAGCUCUAGGCAUAUCCUGCUUUCACAGGCUACAAGUAUACGACAAUGAAGACGGCGAUGCAGAAUAUACUACCGUAAUGACACAGACAUUUAACAUGAUGACGCUGUGCGACGAAGCUUACACAGUAGAUCCAGAGUCAUUGCAAUUUCUAGUACAUCAUGGAUUUAAUUUCAACCGACAAUAUUCAUCUGGCAUUUCAUUUCGUAGAGGAAACGAUAAGACCGGUGAUGAAAAUCCUAAAAUUGGAAAUUACUUACGUCGAUUACUCUUGGAACUCAUCAAAUCUAAAAAGCCUAUUAUUGUUCAUAAUGGAUUAGCCGAUCUAGUCUUUUUAUACCAAAAUCUGUAUUUAGAGCUUCCUUUAAAAUUAGACACUUUUGUUGCUGACUUAUCUGAAAUGUUCGAAGGCGGUAUCUAUGACACAAAAUAUAUUGCUAGAGUGAAAGGCGAUGAAAGUAGUACAUAUCUACAAUAUGUUUUUAGAAAACUGCAAAGAGAAAAUGUGCAAAAUCGCAGUAAUAAUGACAGACAUAUUAUAACAAAGCAGUGUGAUUAUCCAAAGAUACUUCAUGAAAGUAUUGACUUGGUGGAUUGCUCUGUUUUUCCAUUCGAUUCCGAGACCAAUCUUAGCAGGCCGGUCAACGUGUGCCAACCGUUUGCGACUCGUGGAUACUGUCCAUCUGGAAUAGAGUGCAACAAAUCACAUAACAUAGACGAUGUAUUAUUUAUGGAAGAACAAGCGUUGACAAAUAAACGAUCGAAAAAGAGAAAGAUUGAGAAUGAUAACGGUGAAGCCACCGAAAAAGCUAAAAGUGAAACUUGUAAUCAAGUAAAUCGAAAGCUCUUACUUCAUCGUUCAGGAAUCCAUAGAGCAGGAUUCGAUGCGUAUAUGACUGGUUUCAUUUUUGCUUAUUAUUCUUUUAAACACAGUAAUCAAGAUAAAGAAUUGACUGAAUCAGUUUCAAAAAUACUAGGAUUAAGAGACUGUCGAAACCGAAUACAUUUAAAUAGAAAAACGAUGCCACUACAAAUUGUAAAAAGUCAAUUUGCUAAGAGUUCCAAUUUACAUAAAAAAAAAUUGAAAGAAAUUUGA